AUGGGGUACGUGGUCGGAAAUAUCUACGUUAUCACGGCAGUGGCCGUCAUUGGCGGUGCGCUGUUUGGUUUUGAUAUUGCUUCUAUGUCAGCCAUUCUUGGCACCCAACAGUACAAAUGCUUCUUCAACCAAACCGGUCGCAAUAGUGACGGGGACUGUGGUGGUCCAACUGCCUCCACACAGGGUGGUAUCUCCGCGGCCAUGCCGGGUGGCUCGUUUGUUGGGGCUCUGAUCUCGGGAUUCGUCACGGAUUAUUUGGGUCGGAAGCGGGCUAUCCAGACCGGUUCGAUUAUUUGGUGUAUUGGAAGUGCCAUCGUCUGCUCAUCCUUCAGUAUUGGCCAACUCGUUGCCGGUCGUUUUAUUAACGGUCUGUCGGUCGGCAUUCUCAGUGCCCAGGUCCCUGUCUAUGUCGCAGAAUUGGCCCAACCCAGCAAGCGUGGCCAGGUCGUAGGGGCGCAGCAGUGGGCCAUCACCUGGGGUAUCUUGAUCAUGUUCUAUAUCUCCUAUGGCAGCAGCUUCUUAACCGGUCCCGCUGCCUGGCGUCUUCCUUGGGGUCUUCAGAUGGUUCCUGCCGUCUUCCUCUUCUUUAUGUUUUUCUUACUGCCCGAGAGUCCGCGUUGGCUGGCUAAGCAUGAUCGUUGGGAGGAAGCUCACGAGGUGCUGGCAUUGGUUCAUGCCAAAGGUGACACGAGUGCCCCCUUCGUCUUGACUGAGCUGCAGGAGAUCCGUGAUAUGGUUGAGUUUGAGCGUCAGAACGUUGACGCAUCAUACCUGGAGCUCUUCAAGGGCCAUAUGAUCUAUCGUACUCAUAUCGGCAUGUUCACUCAGAUCUGGUCGCAGCUGACGGGUAUGAAUGUGAUGAUGCUAUACAUUACCUACGUCUUUGGAAUGGCUGGCCUCUCGGGAAACGCCAACCUGGUUGCCUCCUCCAUCCAGUACGUGAUUAAUGUCGUUAUGACCGUGUUCGCUUUGCUCUUCAUCGACCGUUGGGGUCGUCGCACCCCCCUUACUGGUGGGCUCGACUCUGAUGAUGAUCUUCAUGUUUGCCAAUGGGGGUAUCAUGAAGUCCCCGCGGGGCCGGGUGGCCUGAACAAUGUUGCGGAGGAGUCCUGGGAUCUAUCUGCCGCACCUGGAGCGGCCAAGGGAGUCAUUGCCUGCACCUAUCUGUUUGUCGCCAGUUAUGCGCCUACCUGGGGUCCCGUCAGCUGGAUCUACCCGCCCGAAUUGUUCCCGUUGCGACUGCGCGGCAAGGCAGUUGCCCUCUCCACGGCCUCCAACUGGAUUUUUAACUUUGCACUGUCGUACUUUGUGCCACCAGCAUUUGAAAACAUCAAGUGGAAGACAUACCUGGUGUUUGGAGUGUUCUGUUUUGCAAUGACUAUCCAUGUGUAUUUCUGUUUCCCCGAGACUGCCGGCAAGACCUUGGAAGAAGUGGAGACCAUGUUCACUACUCCCGGAAUGCGGCCUUGGAAGACCAGUGUCCAGUUCCAGCACGUUCGUCAAUUGGAGCAGGGUGCAGUUCAAUCGGAGAAGCUGGCGCACUUACAGACAGAAACGGCAGGAGAGAAACGCGGCCCUGCGGUGACCCAGGUGGAUUGA